CGACCGCAAUGACUUCUUGCUAGUCAUUCGUUCCGAAAGAUAGGAUGGAGCCCUCAAUUCAGGACUGCCCGCGCCGCUAGGGCGCUAUCCCAGGACAGCGACCAUUCAUUCUCAUUGAUGCCAAAAGUCUACAUCAGAUAUAGAGAAUUCUAUUUCUUGGAGAUCUCCCAUCCUUAGACGCUGUCAGAGGGUGAUAUUAUCUGUUAAUGUACUUCGUGCAUAGCAGUUCAUCAUUCAGGUCUUUUUCUCUUGCGUAUUUGAUGAUCCCAGGAACUACCAAGCCCUUACCUCUCUUCUAGAGUCAUAAUGGGCGCAAUGGCUGCGACGACAAUUGCGUCUGAUAUCCGUUCUCUAAACCCGAAAGGCAACAUGAUUCUGCCUCUCCAUCUCUUUAGGGCAUAUCCAUUCCUAUUGGGGAAAUUCCCAGGGCCACGAUGCUGCUAUUCCUGAUACCAUCGUGGGAACCUGCGACGCGGCAAGUCCCGUUCCAUAUUCAACCCCCUGGUUUCCACAGCGCAAGGCCUUAAUUUAAGACUCGAAUAGUCAGUAUUCUCAAUGCGUCUUAAGUCUAUACUUUUCCCCUUGUUUCUGAGCUUCCCUCUUCCCUUCCCUUCUCUUUCAUCAGGCUCUGUGAGAAAACUGCUUUCUUUCAUGUUCCGCGUUCCCUCUGUUCUUCUUUUCAUAUAAAUUUCCUAAUCUUAUAUAUUCCCUUAUACGCAUAGAUUUCACUCGUUCACUUCGACAAAAAUAAAGUGCUAGCCGCUUGUAUUUAUAUUAUCCCCUUUUUUUGUCUGUUUUUUAAUUGCUUUCUCCUUUCCCUUCCUUCGUUUCUUCAUAUACAAUAUUGGCUAGCCACCGUCCACCCGUUCACGAACGUAAAUCACAAACCACAAAACCUACAUCUCCAAAAAUGUUGUUCAGGGGAGUAUUAGCAUCGACUGCGCUUUUGGCCACAGGAAUACACGCGCAAAUCGAAGAGGAUGUCAUCGCUGGAUGGGCCCCGAUGAAACGAGAGUCCCCAGAAGGCAUGGUUACGGUCCACGCUGUGCAAGUUGGCAAUUCAGAAGGAAGCCAGAGGUUCUAUCCAGACUCUCUUACAGUUGAACCUGGCUCAAUGGUCCAGUUUCAGUUCCAUCCAGCGAACCACUCCGUCGCGCAGUCCACAUUUGAAGACCCCUGUUCGCCCAUGAGUGAUGGAACCGGGAUUCGAUCCGGAUUCCUAGCCGUAUCGCCUGAUUCUUCAGACAUGCCUGUGUUCACGGUUAUGAUCAACGACACCAAUCCCGUGUGGUUGUUCUGCGGUCAGAAUAAUCACUGCCAGAAUGGCAUGGUCAUGGUUAUCAAUCCUCCCGAUGCGCCAGAUAGGGGCAUCGAGGCAUUCCGAUCCCUCGCUACGAGUGGAGGAGGGGGAUCCGGGGGUGAUGGCGGCGGGAUUGGCGGCGGGAUUGGCGGGAUUGGUGGCAUCGGCAACGGCCCAAUAGCCCUCCCGACCGGCGGCGCAUUCCCAACUACUAACGGCGGCAGCGGUGGCGGAGUAGCACUCCCCUCUGGUGGAACUGUUCCAUCUACCGUUGCUGCAGGCACCGCGACACCGACUCAAGGCCGUGAUCCGUUUUCAGCUACACUCAACGCAGCAUCCAGGCCAGUUUCUCAUGUUGCUGGUCUCUCUGGACUGUUAAUUGCUUCCUUUGCCAUUUUUGGGUUGUAGAUAGAUAGAUGAAGGAUGUGUAUGAAAUUGAUUGACGUUUGUCGUUGAUGAAGAGGGGGUUUGAGGAGGUGUCGAGAGGGAAAGUUACUCUCUUUCCAAUUUGUUUUUAGGUUCGUCUUAGUCUUUCUGUCCUAAUCUUGCUUCCCUUAUAUUUUGAUCCAAGAUGUGUGUCUAUUUCUUUCCCGGCUAUGUCAUGAAUUUGGUUAUUGUAUAUAAUCCCUGCUGGCUGGCCUGCAAAUGGCUCUGAGCCGAAUGUUGUCCUUUCAGUCCCUUUCGGUGUCGGCUGUACGGAGUAGAACGAAACAAAUGGCGCGAUAAAAACGUCCACUUGUUAUACCCUUAAGAAGUUGUGAAUUAAGUCUCCCAGCUUAAUUCUGAAAUAGCUUGAUAUUUGGAACAAAUAACUCUGAAAAUGGUGCUGC